AUGACUGUUCCGUCGUUUGAAACCAUCUUCGCGGUGCCGAUGACCUGCCAGUCAUGCAUCAACGACAUUGAAGGUUCUCUGCAGCAGUUGGGUGGUAUCAACAAAGUCACUGCCAACCUCAAAGAUCAACUAGUAUCUAUCGAGGGUACAGCAGCACCAUCGGCAAUCGUUGAAGCUAUUCAAGCUACUGGUCGUGAUGCAAUUCUAAGAGGAUCUGGAAAAUCAGACAGCGCCGCAGUUUGCAUUCUAGAAUCACAUGCACUGCAUGUAGAGAACAAGGUUAGAGGGCUUGUGCGCAUGGUGGAAGUGGCUCCAAGUAUGACCAUCAUUGACCUGAGUAUACGAGGAUUGUCGCCUGGAACAUACCAUGCAACCAUCCGCGAAUCUGGCAACAUAUCCGACGGACCUGAAUCUACCGGCGCCAUCUGGGAACAUCACAAAGCCAAACAGGAGGGCAAGCCGUGUCGAGGCGUCUUUGGAACCGUUCAGGUAGGGAAGGGUGGAGUCGGAUCUGUGUUCCUGGACAGGCCCAUCCACAUCUGGGAGAUGAUCGGACGCAGCAUCGUAGUUGCAAAGGAGCAAGACGGCAAGCUUGAUAAGAACGAUCCGGAUACGCUAGUAGGUGUCAUUGCACGUAGCGCUGGGGUUUGGGACAACGACAAGACGGAAAUCGAAACCUGGGUGGCAGCCCUCGCCAGCUACGACAACAACGAGUUUGACGUCGCAUUGAAGGUCUUUGACCAGAUCUCCGACACGUCCAAGAUUCUGUUCAACUGCGGCGUAAUCCAUGCCACUCUCGGCGAGCAUGAGAAGGCGGUAGAUUGUUACCAGCGCGCUGUGCGUCUGGACCAAUACCUCGCCGUCGCAUACUUCCAACAGGGCGUCUCAAACUUCCUCAUGGGCGAUUUUGAGGAAGCCCUCGCCAACUUCAACGAUACCCUCCUCUACUUGCGCGGAAACAACAAUAUUGACUACGAGCAAUUGGGCCUGAAAUUCAAGCUAUACUCCUGCGAGGUGCUCUUCAACCGCGGUCUCUGCUACAUUUACCUCCAGCAAAGAGACGCAGGUCUGCAGGAUCUGUCCUUCGCAGCCAAAGAGAAGGUGGUGCCUGACCACGAUGUCAUUGACGAGGCCAUUCGCGAGGAAGCUGAGGGCUACACCGUCUUCUCCAUCCCCGUCGGUAUCGUCUACCGUCCCAACGAAGCGAAGGUAAAGAACUUGAAGACAAAAGACUAUCUUGGAAAGGCACGUCUUGUCGCUGCGUCAGACCGGGCUAAUGCCUUCACUGGCUUCGCCGGUGCCGAGAUUAAGAAGGGAGGACAAGCUGCAAAAGACGAUAGGACUGAAGACAAGAUCUCCUACGCCGCGACCAACCUAGUCAAACCAGAGCUUCAGAGCAGAGCUCGCCAGCAGUCAGAGCCGCCGAUGAACCGUAAUAUGUUUCCACCUACACCGCCACCAGAGGCAGACAGGAGGUCUGGUGACAGGCGAUCUGGUGGAGAGCGAAGACCUGCUGCCGAUGCCCCGAUGAGCCGCGCACAGUCCGUCCGAGGUGGCGGUCCUAAGCCCCAGCCUCUGAACCUCGGACGAGCUGCUUUCGACCAGCAAAGCAGCAACGAGCCCCCUCGCCGUCAGCCAACACAGCGCUCCGCCUCUGAGCGACCGCCGCCAAGCCGCUCAGAGUCAACACGAGACCGAGGACAACGCGAUCCGCGAGACCAACGGGACCAGCGGGACCAGCGAGACCAGCGGGACCAGCGAGACCAGCGGGACCAACGAGACCAGCGAGAUCAGCGGGAUCGUGACUACAGGCCACGACGUCGUGGGUCUGAUGACGAUAUCAUCGACGACUACUAUGACAACGACUCAUACCCGCCUUCCCGCUCCAGUCGUGGCGCAUAUACUCGCUCAAAACAGAGCAGGCGGCCAGCUUACAUCGAGGAAGAGGACGAGGACGACUACGACGGUAGUGAUCUUGAUGAUGCUGAGUUUGAGAUGAUGUCCCGCUCGAAAUCCAGGAGACGAUCACCCGCUCGCUCCACCAGAUCGGGUGGUAGCAACCGCGGUGCAGGUAGUAAGAUCAGAGUCAAGGUUCACUCUAGUGACACGCGUUAUGUUUUCAUUAACUCGGAUCAACUGAUUACCGAAUUCUGGCAACAGAUUCGCGAGAAGUUUGGUGUGCGAAAUAAAUUCAAGGUGGAGUUCAAAGAUGAUGGCGACAUGAUCACCAUGGCCGACCAAGAUGAUCUUGACAUGGCCAUUCAGACGGCGAAGAGCGUUGCUAGAAAGGAAGGCAGCGAUAUGGCGAAGAUGGAGGUUUGGGUUAGAGAAGUAUAG